UCAUCCAGUGGAGAUGACAGCUGGGAGGCUACAAAAGGCCACCCACCUUCUCUUCAUUGUUCACUGGCAUCAUUGUUGCUCUCACCUCCCAGCUGCUCAACCAUGGCGCCCAAAAAACCCAAGAAGAGAACAGGAGAGGGAGCCAAUUCCAACGUGUUCUCCAUGUUUGAGCAGGCCCAGAUUCAGGAAUUCAAGGAGGCAUUUACCAUCAUGGACCAGAACAGAGACGGCUUCAUCGACAAGAAUGACCUGAGGGACACUUUUGCAGCGGUCGGUCGCCUGAAUGUGAAACAGGAAGAGCUCGACGAGAUGCUCAAAGAAGCUCCGGGCCCAAUCAACUUUACCGUCUUUCUUACUAUGUUUGGGGAGAAACUGAAAGGUGCUGAUCCAGAAGAGACCAUUCUCAAUGCGUUCAAAGUGUUUGACCCUGAGGGGAAAGGAGUGCUGAGGAAGGACUAUGUGACACAGAUGCUGACAACACAAGCCGACCGGUUCAGCCCCGAAGAGAUGGAGCAGAUGUUCGCUGCCUUCCCUCCAGAUGUGGCGGGCAACCUAGACUACAAGAACCUGGUGCACAUCAUCACCCACGGCGAGGAGAAGGACCAGGAGUGAAUGUCCAGUGCGGGGACACGUGGAGAGAAAUGGACUGUGAUUCAUUCAUGCAGCGGCCAUGCUGUUGUCGUCGUUUCUGUUCUACAAGCUCACGGAAAAGGUUCAAGAUAAGAGCGACACAAAAACGGACUGAUCCCCCCCGACAACAACCGUUAACAUGCAUUUCCGAUUAGCCACAUACAUUUCUCCUUUUUAUUGCUUACAAUGAAAAUAUCCAUCCAGCCGGUGGUUGUUUGUCAAAUAAAAGUUUUCAGAGAAAUCG